AUGAUGCACAGAGAAUCUUGUAUGUGUGGGAUGGAAAACUUGGAAUUAUUUCAAGUACCCCCCACUAAUAUAGCUAUAGCAGAAUCGAAAUGGAUGGAAUAUUAUCCCAUUUCCAGUACCCUUGAAUCCGAUACAGCCCCCAUCGAAUUCGAUAUUCAAGGACAGGGAGACGAAUACAUAGAUCUCUCACAAACUUAUAUACAAGUGAUUUGUAAAUUCACGAAAGCCGAUGGCGGUAAUUUAACGGGAGCCAACACGGAUUCUACUCCGGUGAAUAACAUCUUACAUUCCUUGUUCACAGAAAUCGAUGUCACUCUGAAUGGUAAAAUCAUUAGCCCAGGAACAGACACCUACCCUUACAAAGCUUAUUUAGAAAAAUUACUUUCCUAUAGACCCGAAACUUUGGGAGCUCAAAUGAAAGCCUGUAGUCUAUGGGAAAAAGACACGGCAGGACACAUGGAUGAUUGUAAAAACGGGGAUCCGACACAAGUCAAGUCUAAGUUUGAUGUCGCUGAGGCAAAUGGUGUAAAAUCAGUGACAGUCAGGGAAUCGGAUCUGGUUAUGAAUUUACCUGACGGUGGCAAAAAUACGGGUUUGAGAAAUCGCCAUAGUGCCGUGUCAAACGGUGAAAAAAUUACUUUAAUAGAUCGACUCUAUCUGGAUCUGUUUCAACAGGACAGAUUCAUUCCUAAUGGAGUAGAUAUUCGUUUGAGAUUUAAUCGAACGAAAUCUGAUUUCUACAUGAUGACCGCUGCAAAUAGCACAGGAAAAAUAAAACUUUUGAGCGUGUUACUGUGGGUCAGAAAAGUCAGACCUACUCUUACUGUGUUAAAUGCCAUCAACGAGAGAUUGAACCUACAGACAGCCAAAUAUCCUCUUAGACGAGUAGAUGUCAAGACUUUCACCAUUCCUACUGGAACUCAAUCUAAAAUCAGCGAUCAUCUGUAUCAAGGUCAAAUGCCAAAACGAAUAGUUUUGGGAUUAGUAGGUAAUGAUGCUUUCAAUGGAACUGCUGAUAAAAAUCCAUUCCAUUUUAAAAAUGCUAAAGUCAAAAAGUUAGAAGUCAGCAUCAACGGAGAAACUAUCAGUACCCGACCCUUUGAACCGGAUUUUACUAACGACUUGUAUCUCAGAUCUUACUUGAGUCUAUAUCAAGGACUGGGAAAAUUCGGUGCGGAUUGGGCUCCCGACAUCACUUUCGACGAGUAUAAAGACGGUUACACCCUAUGGUGUAUAGAUUUCACCAAAGAUCAGGAAGCACAGCUAGACAAAUUUCAUCUGAUUGAAACUGGAAAUUUGAGAAUCGAAAUUCAAUUUGCAGUAAAUACGACAGAAACUCUGAAUUGUUUAGUGUAUGCUGAAUUUGAUAACUUGCUAGAAAUCAACAAACAAAGAGAAGUCAGCAUCGACUUUUAA